ACGCUAUAGUCCUCUCACAAAUGCUACAUCGGCCUCUUCGCCUGAAUCGCACAUAUUCCACAAAUGUCAACCACAAAUCCUUAUAUUCCGAUAUCAUUCCAGCAAUGAUUCCAAUCGUUCUUUUGGGCUCGGCCGUCUAUCUUGGCCUACAACUCACCCAGUCGAAACUGUCACAUGAAAAGUAUAUGGAGGAGGCUUCCGCUCGCCUAAAACACUUGGAGGAGGAUAUUGCCACCCUUCAAGCAAUUCGAUCCACUCCCUCUCUCCAAGAAAAACCGCCCCAGUCACGAUGGUGGUGGUGAUCCAAGCAGUUUCAUACAUUCCCGUUAAUUAUACGCAACAUAAAUGAUAUAGAUUCUAGCAG